CAACCGAAUAUACUGAACAAAAUAUUCUAACCAUCAAACUCGCUGACAUUCGCAUAUUAAUUACCAAUGACUAAACAACAAACAAUGCAAAAUUGUUAUUUUUCUCCCUGAAACGAUCAAUUUCAGUGCAUUAUAUUAAAAUUUCAUUUCAUUUAAACAAAUUACAGAACAAUAAUGUUGUAUUGUCCACCGGGAAUAUCAUUUGAUAACAUUUGGAUAGACCAUGGCAUAUCACAAUGUUUUAUGGAAACAAUGACAGCAACUGUGAUUGCUGGAUAUUUUUUAAUUGCUGGCACAAUUCAACUAUGUAUGUACAGGAGAUAUGGAUCCGAAGUACCAUUAUUUCAAUUGCCCAAGUCCAAAUUGUACAACCUGCAGAUAUUCCUAACAUUACUUGCUCCAGUUUUGAUCAUUGUAAGGUUUGCUUUGCAAGCAACCUUGCUCAAUGACAAAGUUAUUCAUGGAUAUAUGAUUGUUCACUUAAUAUUAAUGGUUCUGAUUUAUCCAUUUUCAUUUCUUGUCAUUGUGAAAGAAAGAAAAUUUCUUUUACCUUCUGUUCCAACCAGAGGACAUGGUUUGGUGCUCUUGGGUUUUUGGACAUUAUGCUUCAUUGCUGAGAAUUUGGCAUUCAUCAAUUUUGGCAAAAAGAGUUGGUGGUUCCAUUUAGAAAGCACAACUGAUGAAAUAGAAAUGUCUCUUUUCAUUAUACGUUAUGUGACUAGCUUACUGUUGUUUAUCCUGGGUCUUAAGGCACCUGGAAUCAUGCAGAACAUUGAUUAUUUAAGUUUAAAUGAUGGCACUAAUAAUACUCCUGGACAAAGUACCAACGAAAAUGAAUCAACUUGGAAGAAUUUUUGGAAAAAGGUCAGACUUUUGGCACCCUUUCUGUGGCCCAAGAAAGAUUGCUUUCUUCAAUUCAGGGUACUUUUCUGUUUGUGCUUACUGGCUGGAGGUCGUGUCAUCAACUUGUAUGUUCCCAUUUUCAAUAAAAUGAUAGUUGAUAGCAUGACUGUCGCCCCAAUUUCGUUCCGUUGGGAUUGGAUCUUGAUUUACGUCACUUUUAAAUUCUUACAAGGAGGCGGAACCGGAGGAAUGGGGCUGUUGAACAAUCUGCGUUCUUUCCUGUGGAUUAGGAUUCAACAGUAUACGACUAGAGAAGUCGAGGUGGAACUGUUCAGACAUCUGCAUAGUUUAUCAUUACGUUGGCAUCUGGGGCGCAAAACUGGCGAAGUGUUGAGGAUAAUGGAUCGUGGCACUGACAGUAUAAACAAUCUUUUGAGUUACAUCAUAUUUUCCAUAUCUCCAACUAUUAUCGAUAUCAUAAUCGCCUGCAUUUUCUUCGUAUCCUCCUUCAAUGUUUGGUUUGGUUUAAUUGUUUUUGUAACUAUGCUACUCUACAUAAUAAGUACUAUUGCGGUAACAGAAUGGAGAACUAAAUUCCAAAGAAGAAUGAAUUUAGCUGACAACGCGACCCGUGCACGAAGCAUGGAUUCGCUGAUCAAUUUCGAAACUGUUAAAUAUUACGGAGCUGAAGGAUACGAGGUUGAAGCGUUCAAAGACGCUGUUUUGAACUUCCAGAAAGAGGAAUGGAAGUCUAUUGUUACUUUAAAUAUAUUGAAUACAGUACAAAAUAUCAUUAUUUGCUGUGGGCUUUUGGCUGGAAGUUUGCUUUGCGUUCAUUUAGUCGUUGACGAGGCGAAACUGUCUGUCGGAGAUUACGUACUUUUCGCAAGUUACAUCAUUCAGUUGUACACACCAUUGAAUUGGUUUGGAACUUAUUACAGAGCAAUUCAGAAAAACUUCGUUGACAUGGAAAACAUGUUCGAUCUUCUGAAAGAAAACCAAGAAGUUAUUGAUGCCCCAGGAGCAGGACCACUUAUUGUUAAAAGAGGAGUAGUGGAAUUUAAUAAUGUCAGUUUCGGAUAUCUGCCAGAACGAAUGAUAUUGAAGAAAGUAACGUUUAAUGUGCCUGAAGGAAAAACGUUGGCUCUUGUUGGUCCCUCUGGAUCAGGAAAGAGCACAAUUAUAAGAUUAUUGUUUAGAUUUUAUGAUGUUCAGACUGGGUCUAUCAUCAUCGAUGGUCAAAAUGUGAAGACUAUCACGCAAGAAUCACUUAGGAGAGCAAUUGGAGUAGUGCCACAGGACACUGUUUUGUUCAAUAAUACUAUUAAGUAUAAUGUUAAGUAUGGUCGUUUGUCAGCUGAAGACGUGGAUGUCAUCAAUGCUGCAAAGGCAGCGGAUAUUCAUGAGCGCAUCUUAACCUUCCCAGAUGCCUAUGAUACCCAGGUUGGUGAAAGAGGACUGCGUUUAAGUGGAGGAGAAAAACAGCGUGUCGCUAUUGCCAGAACUAUUUUGAAAGCUCCGACUAUAGUUUUGCUUGAUGAAGCUACGAGUGCUUUAGACACACAGACUGAAAGAAAUAUACAGGGUGCUUUAGGUGAAGUGUGCACUAACAGAACGACAAUCAUAGUUGCUCAUAGGCUCUCAACAAUCAUUCAUGCUGAUGAAAUUUUGGUGUUAAAAGAAGGCGAAAUUGUUGAAAGGGGACGCCAUGAGUAUUUGGUGGGUCAGGACGGAGAAUACGCAAAAAUGUGGAGUGACCAAUUGAAAAACGAAAAGAAUGCGGAGAGUGUGAACGAGAGUUGGCAAGAAGAAAGUGAUGAAAUUAGUGAUAAAUAAAUAAGUAUAUUAAAUAUAUAUAUAUAUCAAAAAAGUUAGUUUUGUAGAGAUAGAAGACGCUUUUAUAUAUAUU